AUGAGUGCUGAAAUAUCGAAUGCUAUUAAAGACUCUAAAGUAGAACGAAACACUAUUACACUGUCUGAAAACGGCCUUAUUAAAGUAUCAACAUUACUGGAAAUAGGAAGAGCUGAUGUCCCACAAUCAUUGGUAGCAACAGAAGAUUCUUUGACGUUAGAAGAAGUAAAAAAAUCUGAAGUGUCGUCCAGUACAGCAGCCACAUCAGCCAAAUUGUCAGUAGUGUCGAAAUCAUCAAAAACAGCUGAACCAUUAUCAUCAUCAGCAGAUGUACCACCCUCCCCAGCAGGUUCAAAAUCAAGUCCAGAAUCUGUGACUAGUCCAUCAAUCAGAAGAACAGAGGCAAGAACAGUGGUACAAAAUGCCACUCAGAUAUCAUCAACAGAAGAAAAAUCAACACCAUCGGAGCACCAUUUAUCAGCUUCAUCCGCAGCUUCAACGUCCACAGUAACGUCAGUGCCAACUGUAGUUCAAGAUUUAAACGAAAAUACAGUUUCAGCAAAAGUUCCAGUAUCAAUUGGAACAUCACUUACAAAACCAGACUCAGCAUCAAAACUGGCAGCAUCUCCAACAUCCACUGAAUCAUCAGCUUCAGAAACACCUCCAACAUCCACUGAAACAGCAGCUACAACUACAGAUACAACAAGUAUGGUGACACGUCCAGGGCUUCCAUGCAACCAAUUAAAACCUGCAUGGUCCAUCUCCGAGCCACGCUCCGCUGCCCCCGGCCGGCCUGCCUUUGCCGACACCUCGCCCACUGAUGCUGCUGACAUGACCUCCAACGACUCCACAUCACCUGCACAGCUGUCUGACAAGGCUUCCAAGGUGCCCACUUUGCUCACCAGAUGCUUCCCUCGUCUGCCACACUGA